AAUGAAAUCAUCAUCUCCUGUAUGUAAACCUUUAGUGGAGUUUUUAAGAGAAGGAGCAGAUGCCAUUAGAUAGAAAGAAUUGUCAAAGGAAAUAACCACUAAAUCGGAACUCUUCAAAUUGAUUAAACCAGAAAAUGAAUCUGAUGAAACAGCUUACUUUAUAUUGUUCUUCCAUGGAUUUUAUAAAAUUUCUAAAGCACAAUUGGAUGAAAAGAUGAAAUUGAUUUUGUUAUUAUGA